GCGGCACCGACAGACGGAGGGACCGAGGGGGCGAGGGACUGGCGGGCGCACGGCCAGGCCAUGCCCGGGGAGGCUGCCCGUGCCGAGCUGCUGUUGCCUGAAGCGGGCGGCCCCGGGCCCCGCACAGAUCUUCCCUGCGAUGCAGCUGCUGCCACCAUCCCAAGAGGGGACCAGCGGGAGCCCCAUGUCCUGACCCCAGGGCCCAGUCCCCUGGCCCUCACGUUCCUGCCCAGCAAGCCGGGCACCCGGCCCCAGCCCGAGGGGGCCAGCUGGGAUGCAGGGCCCCACGGGGCCCCCUCAGCCUGGGCGGACCCCGCUGAGGGCAGCCCGAGCCCGGUGCUCCUCCCGGAGGGCCUGCCCCCCCAGGCUCUGCCCGCCGAGGCUCCUCUCCCAGCCACCCUGGAGCCCCGGAUUGUGAUGGGCGAGGAGACGUGCCAGGCCCUCCGGUCACCCAGGGCUGCCCAGCCAGCGCUCAGGGACUGGGAGGGUGGUGGGCGAGCAAGCCUGAACCCGCCUCCCGAGUCAUGUUCUCAGGAUGAUCCUUCUGUGCCUUCCCCUCCCCCAGACCCUGAUUCCUACUUCACGCCCCCCUCCACCCCCACCAAGACCACCUAUGCCCUGCUCCCUGGCCGAGGGCCCCACAGGGACACCUGGGACUCGGAGGCGGAGCUGCUGGAGGAGCUGCUGGACUCAUCCCCAGCCUCGCCCUCGGGCUCCUACAUCACGGCUGAUGGGGACAGCUGGGCCUCCUCACCCUCCUGUUCCCUCGGCCUGCUGGCUGCCGCUGAAGGGCUGGACUUCCCCUCGGGCUGGGGCCUCUCUCCCACGGGGUCCGUGAUGGAAGAACGAGAGCUGCACCCUGCCGGGCCCCCGGGGCCCCCGUCCUCCGAGUCCAGCCUCUCAGCAGACAGCGACUCCUCCUGGGGCCAGGAGGGCCACUUCUUCGACCUAGACUUCCUGGCCAAUGACCCAAUGAUCCCUGCAGCCCUCCUGCCCUUCCAGGGCAGCCUCAUCUUCCAGGUGGAAGCGGUGGAGGUGACGCCACUGCCCCCAGAGGAGGAGGAAGAGGAGGAGGAGGAGGAGGUCGCGGCUCCCGACCCAGCUGGGGACCCGGCUGGGGAGGGUGAUGAGGACACCACGUCCGCCUCCUUCCUGCAGUCCCUGUCUGACCUGUCCAUCAUGGAGGGCAUGGACGAAGCCUUUGCCUUUCGAGAUGACACCUCCGGGGCCUGCUCCGACUCGGACUCGGCCUCCUACGCAGGGGCGGACGACGAGAGGCUGUACAGCGGGGAGCCGCACGCCCAGCCCGCCGUCCUGCUCCGGGACAGCGCGCCGGAGGCGGAGGAGGGCGGAGGGGGGCCCGAGGGGCCGCAGGCUCAGGAGGGGGCCGCGCUCGAGGGCCCAGAGGCUGCUCCUGAGGUCUCAGGGCGAGAGGCCCCUCUCACCCAAAGCCAGGAGUCCAUUUCGGAAAUAUCAGAAGAGGGCCUCGUCGUAGGCCAGGAGCCUGCUGCCACUGUGACCCCUCACGCUCUGCAGGCAGCCCCAGCCCUCCCGGUGGGGGCGGCUACCAGGGUGACCACGCCGGCUGGGGAGGAAGAAGCAGACUCCACAGCUGGACAGGCCCCUGCUGCCGGGGCGACGCCUCAGCCCUCCCGGGAGCCUGUCACUGCAGAAACACCUGCGACUCCGCAGGAAGAAGCAAGCCUCACAUUGUGCCCAGACCCUGCUCAGAACUUGACGGGAGAAGGAGGGCCAGGCCUCCCCUCAGGCCCAAAGCCUGGGCCUGCAGCCACGCCCGUGCCCCCGCAGGCUGAAGAGGGUCUUCCCUUACCCGAGGACUGCGCCAUGGCAGCACCUCUGCCCCUGCCCGAUGCAGGCCCCUCCUCAGGCCAGGAGCCUGUAGCUGCGGUCACCCCUCAGGCCCUGCAGGCAGAAGCAGGCUGUGCCCCAGAGACAGAGCCCGUGGCCCCCGUGGCCCAGGAAGAAGUGGGUGUGGCGCAAGGACUGAGGCCAGCACCUGACGAGAAGGAUGCAGCCCUCCCUGGAGGCGUGGAGCCUGCUGCCUCGGACCAGGUCCAACAGGACGACCCAGAGCCAGCUGCAGACGCAGAGGCCCCUUGGGCCUCACGUGAAGAUGCAUGUCCCACCCUGGGCACGGAGGCCCCUGCUGCUCCCGAGCCUGCCUCUGGUGCUGGGGAGGAAUUAGCCGAAGACCUUUCUGUGCCCGAGUGGGAGGCAUGUCUGGAAGCCCCGGUGCAGACAGGUGAUGGAGCUGAGCCCCACUCAGCUCCAAAGGAGGCCCUGGGGGCUGAGAACCAGAGGGAAGGAGGUCCUAAGCCACCGGCACAGGGACAUGGACCUGGGGCAGCACCCCAAGGUGCAGGGGAAGCUCUCGAGGCACAUCCUGCUGCCUGCCCUGAGGCUGACCAGGCACCGCCCCUGAGCCCCGCCAGGGAGGGAAGGGACCCAGAGCCCACUCCUGGACCCAGGCUUCCCACAGCUGUGGCCGCCGAGGCCGGUCUGGGCUCCUGCCCAGAGUCUCCAGCAGGGACUGCGUCUGGGCUGGACAGAGGCUGUCCUGAAGAGCCUGCCCCCAUGUCCACACCACCCUCCCAGCAGCUGGAGCCUGCGCAGGGCCUGGACAGCGGUGAGCAGCCCCAGGCAGCACCCAGGGCCGUCAGCCCCUCCUCGCCACAGCCCCCAGAAAGCCCUGCCAGGGGCCUGCCCAGUGCACCCCAGGACAGGCUCCCGGGCCCUGACACCUCUACUCCUGGCGUCCUUGCCAGGGCAUCCCCACCCCCACUGGAGCCCCCUGCCCCCUGCCCGUGCCAGGGCCCCCAGGAAGACUCCGUGGAGGACGAGGAGCCCCCAGGUUCUCCAGGCCUCCCACAGCCUGAGGCAGGAGCCCGGCCAGCAGCUGCUGCUGUCUCAGGAACCUCACAGCCUCCAGGGACUGGGCAUCGGGUCAGCCUCUCGCCCCACUCUCCCCUCCUAAGCCCCAGGGCAGCCCCCACAGAAGCCAAAGACCUGGCCUUGCGGAUCUCGCCCCCCUGCCAAGUGCCUCCUUGCUCUGGGCCCCGAAGCCCACCUGGCCCUCAAGAGCUCCCAGCCUCUGAGCAGCAAGAGGAUGAGGACAGCCUGGAGGAAGACUCACCUCGCGCCCCGGGCUCAGGCCAGCACUCGGACAGCCACGAGGAGUCAUCAGCCGAGCUAGAUGAGCAGGACAUCUCGGCACCCCAGACCACGCAGUGCCCAGCCCAGGCCCCAACAGGCAGCAGUGAGGAGACCAUCGCCAAAGCCAAGCAGAGUCGCAGUGAGAAGAAGGCCCGAAAGGCGAUGUCAAAGCUGGGCUUGCGGCAGAUUCAAGGAGUCACCAGGAUCACCAUCCAGAAGUCCAAGAACAUCCUCUUUGUCAUCGCCAAGCCUGAUGUCUUUAAGAGCCCGGCCUCAGACACUUAUGUGGUCUUCGGUGAGGCCAAGAUUGAGGACUUGUCCCAGCAAGUGCACAAAGCCGCAGCCGAGAAGUUCAAGGUGCCCUCAGAGCCCUCUGUCCUGGUCCCUGAGUCAGCACCCAGGGCCCGGGUGAGGCCAGAGUGUGAGGAGGAAGAAGAGGAGGAGGAGGAGGAGGUGGAUGAGGCAGGGCUGGAGCUGCGCGACAUCGAGCUGGUGAUGGCCCAAGCCAAUGUGUCCAGGGCCAAGGCUGUGCGGGCCCUGAGAGACAACCACAGUGACAUCGUCAAUGCCAUCAUGGAACUGACCAUGUAGCUGCUGACCUGAAGCUGGGUCCACCCUGCCCCUUCCCCCAGCUCUGCUGCUCAAUAAACUGGUGUCCCCUCAUCA